AUGGAAUACCAAAACUCAGUCAAGGAUUAUAUAAAACGGGCUACUAAUAUCAAGCAGAUGGACGUCAAUUCUACAGUCUGCCAAAUGCUUUAUAUCUGUUUUGCGCCUCAAAAACUUGCCAGACUGACUGCUAUGAGAAAAAGUAAAGAAUAUUUAGCUGCGAAAAAUCAAUGGGCAAGGGACGACCCAGCCUUUGUAGUUAUGCUGAUGCUAGGACUGACUGUUGCUUCGUUUUGUUAUGCUUUGACGUUUAAUAAGUAUUUUGUUAUGUAGAGAUGGGUUUUUUGGGAUUUUUAGGACGAUUUUUUAUUGCGUUUGUGUGUAUUUUUUGGGAUUAGGGGCUGUGAUAUCAUAUGUAAAUUUGUAAGGAAUAAUAUUAGACGAAUUGCAGAAAAUCAUUUGAAAGAGAAAAAUAGUAGAUAUUCAGGGGCUGCUGGGAAGCUUGAGUGACUUUAUUGCUUUGAUAUACAUUGCAACUCGUUUUUGCCUGUCUUUUUGAUAGUUUAUGUUUUACAGUAUUUUUUCCUGCCUCUUUUAGUGAUGGAGAACUUUUUUAGUGUAUGUUUGGCUAAUUUUUUGGUUAUUGGGUCCUUUUGCUAUUAUCAUUAUUUGACGUGUCAAGGAUUCGGGACAUUACCUUUUCUUAAAAACACAGAAAUUUAUUUAGCACCUAUUUUGGGAUUGAUUCCUUUAGGAGUGAUUUGUAUUGCGCUUAGGAUUAAUCUUACGACUGCAAUUAUCUCUAUGCAUUUUUAA